AACCCUGAAGACGAAACGCGAGCGCUCUUCUUCAUCGUGCGAUCGCGGGCUUUAAACUUCGUCUUCGUCUAUAUUAUCGAGUUGGCAGUGUCAUCGCGACAAAAAUCUAAAUGAACGAUAACCAUCAAAACUUUGAAAAGUUAUCGUCGAUUAAAACGUGAAUUGAAUUUUCUUCGGGUUUUCGAGUAUCGCGGUUCGCAGCUCAACCUUUCAUAAAUCACCGAUUUUCCACGCUAGUUUUUAUUGUUCAUCAUAUUGCCUGAGUUCUACGUUGCAAUAGUUUCUCAGUUUUGCUAUUUACUGAUUUUUUUACUCGCGCAAUUUUUCGACGCCUGUGCUACGCUUUUUGUUCGCUAUUUUGAGUCAUUUUCUAGCCGAGAAAAACUCCGGGGAACAAACUUGAAGGGUUCGUCGCGUGGAAAAAAGUUGGUGAUAAGAGUGUUAAAAAACAUAAGAAGGUAAUAAAUCGUGAUAAUGAAGACUUUUGUUUCGGUGACGUUUCUGUUGGCCUGCGCGAGUUUUUGCUUGGCUCUUCCCCAGAGUUCAACGCAGACUCGGGGCCCAGCAAGGAUAAAACAGACAACACCGAUUCCAACAACGAACCACGCGAUUUCGUCGUCUUCUUCGACUUCUUCGUCGCCCUCUACAACGUCUCAGACCCCAUCGAUAACGCCGGCAACGAAUGUCGAACAAAGAAUCAAAAACAUCGAUCAGACAACGAGCUCGAGUAUUCAGACGAGGAAAUCCUCGACCCCGUCGAUCCAAGAAGUGACGUCUUCGACCGUGAAUCAACAACAAACUACGUUGGCGAGUCUUGCCAAAGAGACGAGAGAAUCGACUGGAAAGAAUCGACCACAGAUCAAAAUAACCACCAACUUCUCGAGCAUUGGCGAGACAAACGUCAGGUUACCGGAAGGUGCAAGCGCAGCCCUGGCAAAGCCGACAAAGUACCACUACUAUCCUCACAAUCAGCACAUUUAUUUGCUGCCAGAAUGCGCUGUUCAACAGGUGUGCAACGCAGUUUACGUAAGACUCAAUUUUACCCAACCUUUGUGCGCGUGUCCUGGACGUUACAGAGACCCCUGCAGCGCCUCUUUGGACAGCAAUGACCUUCAUACCACCGAGCUCGUUACGGAUCCACGAACGAGGGCCCUGACUUUGGUUAAAACGUGCGAGCCCGUUGUGGAAAUGCGAGAAUGCAGAGCACCGCGCGAUUGGUCGUUGCUCGCUUUGCAAAACGUCAGAACAGGCAAAUCUCAUUAUCUUGUGAUCUGCCGGUGUCCAGACACCAAUAUACUGGAAGGACCGAUGAGCCAUGAUCAACCAACUUACGCGAGUGUUCCCGGGAUUCGCGUUUACGGGAUGAUCUGCGUACAAGGAAACCGAAGAGGACGUCCAUUGCGUCACGCUCGCAAUCUUUUGGGUCUCGAGGCAGAAGUUGAAGACCGAGAGAAUUUAAUUGCGACAUUUCCAUGGCACAGAGUGCCGCAGUUAAUGGAAACAGCAUCCUGGGAUUGAGAGUUCGAAGGAAUUCCGAAACUGCAAGCGUCUCGAAGAGAAAGGACGACGCGUGAUAAAGCGAUUAUUUGGGACGAAAAUUCAUACGAGACUAAUUCACUAUUUAUUAUCAUGAUCAUUUUAUACUUUCUUCUCUUCCCCAAAUCGUUUUCUUCCACUCUUUUUCGACCACCUUUCAUUUCGCAUUUAUUUAUAAUAUUUAUUCGAUACUAGAAGUGAAAGAGAAAAAGAAAGAGAGAGAGAGAAAGAAAGAGAGAGAGAGAGAUAGAGAGAAUGUCAAAACGUCUUAAAAAAGACUUAAAAGAGAGCUCAAUUGUUUCGUUUUUUGUAAGUAAAAAGAGCAGACGAUUUUUCUUCGAUUGAUUCUAUCGAUAUCGAAUUUUAAUUUUAAUUCAAAUUAUUUUUAAUUAUCACUACGCAUUGAAUUCCUUUCAAUUUUAAUGAGAAACUCAUCUUCAUUAGCUUUAACGUAGGGAAGUAAUCGUCGGUUAUCGAGGAAUAUUUGUUCCGCGAAAACACGACAUGAAAAAUAAAUGAAUAGCAGUGUAGAAAUAUUUCUCGAUCACUUGAAAAACAAUGUACGCAAGUCUGAUGAAUUUUAUGUACGCUUUCAUUUUUGCUUUCGAAUGUCCAAAAGUUAUACAAUUAAAAUUAUUUCUAUGUGCAAAUAACUAUUUCAAUUUCAAUCCUAACCCAAUGAAUAAUUCAAUUUAAAAUGUAUGAUUUAAAAUCUUAUCGCAAUGCAUUGAGAAAAAAAAUCA